AUGAUGUUUUCGUCUGCAGGAAAGCGCUGCUUCACGAUAGAGUCUCUGGUCGCUAAAGAGAACCCACUAAUCGCGGAGGACCCCAUCCGCCCGACGGCUUUAAGUUACUCCAACCCGACGACAGAUGCCUUAAUGAACAGUUACCAGGCUCCUCCGGCCCGGCCCCUGUACCAGAGCCCAGACCUGGUGUUCCCGGAGACGGUAAACCAUCCCUCCCUCACCGUGGCCCCUCACCAGCUCGGAGGAUCCCACCUGCAGCAUCCGCACUUCUUCGGGACGCAACACCGAGAUCCCCUAAACUUCUACCCCUGGGUGCUACGGAACAGGUUUUUCGGACACAGAUUUCAAGGUAACGACGUGUCCCAGGACAGCCUGCUCCUCCACGGUCCUUUCGCCAGGAAACCCAAACGCAUCCGGACGGCCUUUUCUCCGUCUCAGCUGCUCCGUCUGGAGAGAGCCUUCGAGAAAAAUCACUACGUGGUCGGAGCCGAGAGGAAGCAGCUAGCUAACAGCCUCAGUUUAUCUGAAACACAGGUGAAGGUGUGGUUCCAGAACAGACGGACCAAGUACAAGCGGCAGAAGCUGGAGGAGGAGGGACCAGAGAGCCAGCAGAAGAAGAAGGGGAACCACCACAUCAACAGAUGGCGCAUCGCCACCAAGCAGCCCAGCUCCGAGGACAUAGACGUGACUUCAGAGGACUAAAACCGCGGCGCGACGUCCGACUAUGCUGCCCUAAAACCCUGCGUCCCCUUCAGACGCACCAGAGGACCAACACUAUUUAUUAUGUAAAAUUAUUAAGUAUAAUUAGACGCAUUAGAGGAAGGACUGAACAUGUGACCAUCUCGUCGUCGAGGUGCCGCACUCUUAUUUAAUGACAUCCACCCUGAAUGUCUCUGGACGAGGAGAUCCGUUCAUCAGCGAAUGAUCUUUGGUGUGACGACCAAAGACGAAGAAAAACAACGUCGACCUCUAUUAUAGUCUGUUCCGUUUUUUAAAUAUUGUACAUAGGCCACGUCUAAAUGUUGCUUUUGAGAGAGGCUUUUGGUUUCAUUAAAGCUGUUUUUACCACCUGCUGAGGUCAUUAACACCUCACUGCUCACCCCGCCCACUCCACCA